AUGGCUAAAGGUCACAAGAAACGUCAGAGCUUUAAGAAGCACAAGCACCAGCAGAUCCUUGACUCAGAUGACAAUAUGGACAUUGAUGAUCAGAAUCAUGAUUCUGACUUGCAGUCCAAGGCUAAGAAACUAAAGCCUCCUGUUAAGCCCACUUGCAAAAAACCUGGUCGUCCAUCGAAAACAGAUCAGAAGGCUAGAACUGACCCUAUUCCCGAUGACCAGGACAACAUUGCAACUUCUCAGUUUCUUCGGCCUGUUACACCACCUAAUAAGGCUGGAAAGAAGGAUACUACUGCCAAUCAAUACACUCCCCAGACUGCUCAGAUGGUUCAAUUCAGUAUGCAGACAUCGAUUUGGCAGAUUCCAGUUGUAGCAGAAUCAGUUCGACAGCCACGCCAUGGAACUGCUGAUUCUUCAGAGAUGAGACCUCUGAAUAUGAUCAAACAAAGAGAGAGAGAUGGGUGGAAAUGUCUAGGGAAAACAGGAACAGCUGUUUUAUACAAGCUUUUCCAGGAUUGGGAGAAUGGCUACUCACCUCAAGAGUAUAAAAUCUCCAGCAGACUUGUUUCCAUGCAAUUUUUUGGUCAUCCUUGCGAUCGGCCUAAAGAGAUAUGUCUCCUUCAAAAUAUAAGGAUGAAUCUUGACCUAUCUUCUGUGUUGAGUAUCAAUGUCUUGGUGGAUGCAAUGCUGAAGCUCCAGAGUCAGAAGAAUCUGCAGCUGAAGAAGAUCAGGAUGAAGAUGUUAGUGAUGAGAAUGAGGAAAACAGAAGAGAAGCUAUGGGAGUUGAUCAGCAGAUUGAAAAGAAGGGAGUUGUGA